GAAUGGAUGAACUUUGAAAAGCAAAUUAGAAAUCUAAAACUAAAUGCUACUGAAAAUGACGGAACAAAAGCAACACGACCAUGGGUUUCUUACUAAAGGCAAACACUUUCAAGAAUAUGUGUCAUAUCAAUAAGUUGGAAGAGUUGAAUUUCCCAAAAUCACCCAAAGAUGUUAAAACUACUACCAAUCCAGCGUCAUUCAUCUCCAAAUCAUCGAUGAAUAAUCUACGAUCUAAGAGAUCGGUGCCGGUCGUGUUCAUCUUCGAUUGCAGAAGUGUUCAUCGAAAACCUAAAUCAUUUUGUGGUGCAUCAACAAGGAAUAGGAAAGAGAGAGAAAUUUCUAGACAAGCCAGCAAAAACAAGGCUCUCAAAGAUGUAGAGGAGCAACAUAAGAAAUCCUUAGAGGAAGAUCCAUCCAUGUUUGAUUAUGAUGGUGUAUACGAUGAAAUGAAAGAGAAUGCAGUGCACCCCAUUUCACAAGAUCGCAUGAGAGAAAGUUUGCUUUUUGCUCUCUACUUUCGCUUUAUGUUUCAAAUAGUAUCAUCUUUUGAAUUUGGUCUUCAGCACCUUCCAAUUCACUUCAAGCAUACGUCCUUGUGCUUGAUGACAUCACGGACGAGUCUCAUACCCACAGAGGUUGGUAUGAUUGCUGAAAAUGAUGGGAUAAUUCUUUGCAACCAUAUUCCAAGAAUUCUCAAGAAACAUUUCCAUGAAAAGUCAUAUUACAUUGACUUAGUUGACAUGUUCAACGAGCACACAUAGAAUUUCAAACAACCUCUAUACAGAUGAUUGAUUUGAUUACUACACUUGAGGAGAGAAAUAUCUGUCAAAGUAUUCAUUACAUAAAUAAUGAAAUUUAUGACUUU